UGCAUCCAUUUUUGUGUAUUUAAGAUAUCUUCAAGGAUUUCCAAACCUGGAGAAAAGCGCGGCACCGGCGCAGAGGGACUCAAAAGGGAAACAAACAUUUAUUAUGAGAUGCAAAAGAACUUUUCCAGGACGAUGACAGCGAUGGGUUAGACAGGAUUGAACAGGAUGAUGGCCAAAUAAAAGCAUCGGGGUGUAAAGAUGUCUGCUCCAGCCGGGCCCCGCAGUGGGCCUGUCCUGCCGGAGAUGCCGGAUCUGAGCCACCUCACCGAGGAGGAGAGGAAGAUCAUCCUCGGUGUCAUGGACAGGCAGAAGAAAGAGGAGGAGAAGGAGCAGACCAUGUUGAAGGUCAAAGAAGAUUCAAAGUCUCAGCCAGUCCAGUGGUUUCCCUUUAGCGGAAUCACUGAUCUGGUUAAUAAUGUUCUCCAGCCCCAGACAAAGUCCCAAAACCAACUGCAAACAGAGCCUCCAAAGGAGCCAGAGACGAAAUUGCACCAGCAAUUUGAAAUGUAUAAGGAGCAGGUGAAGAAGAUGGGGGACGAGGCACCGAGCACCCAGGAGCAGAAGAGUGAAGCCCCCACCUGCGGAAUCUGCCAUAAAACCAAGUUUGCCGACGGCUGUGGCCACCUCUGUUCUUAUUGCCAAACCAAGUUCUGUGCUCGCUGUGGAGGAAGAGUUUCACUGCGCUCUAACAAGGUGAUGUGGGUAUGCAACCUGUGCCGAAAACAACAAGAAAUCCUCACCAAGUCAGGGGCCUGGUUCUUCAGCGGCCAGGGGGGUGCCCUGCCCUCGGGUGCGAGUGACCCUCGCCGACGCCACGAAGAGGCUCCGCAGGAAAAGAAGGCCAAACUUCAGGAAGCCCCACUGCUGUACCAGGGGCCUCCAGGGGACCGCAGCCGAGCUCCAGGACUCCCGCGCCAGGCGUCCCUCAACAACGACUCCAGUCUGAAGCCUAAUGAAUCUCUGAGCAACAGGUGA